AUGUACGCAAUUCGCCAUGUUAUUGUGGUUGACACAAAUGGAGGAGGAAAUUUUAGUACAGUUCAAGGUGCUAUUGAUAUGGUUCCAGAACAUAACACACAAAGGGUGAAAAUCUACAUUCUUCCUGGAACAUACAGAGAAAAGAUAUAUAUACCAAUUACGAAGCCAUAUAUAUUAUUCAUAGGACAAAUGAAUCAUACAUCCAGAACUAUACUUACAUGGCAUGACUUGGCAUCAGAUAAAAAUCAAUAUGGUAUUGCACUAGGAACAUAUAACUCAGCAUCUGUAACCGUAGAGUCGGAUUAUUUCUGUGCAACUAGAAUCACUUUCGAGAAUUCUGCAGUUCCAGUUCGCAGAGGACAAGGCAACCAAGCAGUAGCCUUGAGAAUUGCAGGUGAUAAAGCAAUGUUCUAUAAAGUAAGGUUUUUGGGGAAGCAAGAUACGCUUUUAGAUGAAAGUGGAACACACUUUUUCUACAAGUGUUUCAUCCAAGGCAGAGUUGAUUUUGUAUUUGGCAGAGCAAGAUCACUCUAUAAGGAAUGCCAUCUGAAUUCAAUAGCUAAGAGAUCAGGAGCAAUUGCAGCUCAUCACAGGGAUUCACCAGAUGAUCUGUCUAAUGUGUUCAUUCAUUUUCCCGUCGGGAAACAGGGGUAA